UCAAAAGAGUGAGAUAAGCAGCCAUGGUGUGUGAAUCCACUCGUAGAUCUGUCGUAUAUAGCUACAUAAUGAUGAUGAUAUUAAUCGCCCAAGAAUCAUAAGCGCUUUCACCGUUUUUAUUUACGAUAGUAAAUACAUUUAAUCGAAAAGAUUUUUUUUAUCUUAGUGAUAUACGAUUUUGCCCUCGUAAUAUGCGACAAUUGUCUACAGACACGGAUUUGUCCAAUAUGGAGACAAAACGUAGGAAACUUCAAGGAAGCAACCCCAACAAUUUGAAAACAACCCCGGUGAAUUACAACAGGCAGUAUAUUGAUUCUUUAAAAAGCGAUAUCAAACAAGCUAUGGUUUGUCUUCAACAAGCUGAAUCAGUCAUUCAUAAAAUUGAACAACCAGCAGAGGAACUAAUAAAGCUUGAAGUAGAGGACACGCCUGGAAAUAUGGUUCCAAGUAACAUACCGUCACCAGUAACAACGUUCGAAGCGUGUCCUAGUACAUCGAAUCGAAUUAGGUCCUACCAGGAUAUUUCUCAGUCUCCUGUUACCUUGGUUACCAUCCCGACCCAUGAUUUGGAGGAACAUUUCGAAUCAAUUGAUGUGAAAAACGAAUUCAUAGUAACAGGACCCAACUCGUCUUUGUUACAAGAUGAUGUUAUGCUUCCACAAAAUGUAGCACCUCAAGUUUCCACAACGCCCAGUACAAAUGAUACAAUUGUUCGACUGAUCGAAAGUAAGCUGGAUGAGAUGGAAAAAAGAUUGAAAGCACACAUUGAAACAACGAUCGAGAAGGUUGUCGAUGCCUGCUUCCAGAAAAAUUUCGGAAGGGUGAGCCCACUUCCUGAGAUGAACAAAAAUCUGAGACAAGAGAAACUGAACGCUGCAGAAUCACAUGAACGGAUUGAGAACGAGCGUCAAUUGGUUGAAUGGAAUGCUGCUUUGGCGGACGAAACCCUCCGGAACAAAUAUUUGGAAUACUCAGCUACGAUAAUUACACCAAAAACUUACCACGGGAAAGGUGAUAAUGCGGUAUAUUUGAUUGCGGAUUUGUUUUUUUGCCGCACUUUCUGGAAUUCAUUUACAUGGACCGGAAUUAACCGAGGUGACAAGUCUUCUCGAGGAUUCCGUGAAUUCGGAAAUAUUCUUAAAUUGAUUCUCGAUAUAACCUUGAUCGGAGACUCUACUUAUACUAUGCAGAAUUUGGCGGAUUUCUUCAGAACAAAAUUGUUCCGAUACGGCAAGUCCAGGGCUAAAUCGAAAAUGCUUAGAAGAUCCAUGUGUAGACCAAGACGCCGUAAAAAUAAGGAUUCUACUAAUAAAGCCCCUCAGGAGCGGCUAACUAGUGGAAACAAAAUUGAAACAUCUGGCGAGACCGAUGGAAAUGAAUCUAAUGAAGAAGUCCCAGUAGAAGUUAACAAUUCUUUGGAUGAGUAAUUGGAAAAACAAACUGUUGCGGCUUUAAUCCAUCGCCAAUUUUCACUGCACCAUUCCACCAAACACAGCAUGAAUGCUCCAAAAAUAGGGCCCCAGAAUCGAAACCUCGGGAUUGAAUCGUUCAUUAUUUUACUUUUUCCUCUUGUAUCCUGAAUCUUUUCUGUUAGCCAUUUUCAUAAUACAUAAAAGAAUUCUGAAAAUGUUAUCUUCAUGUAAAUAAUAAAAUAAAUAAA